GUCGGAAUUUGGUGUCAAUUAAUUGCGAACGGAUUCGAGAUUAACUUGAACCUUUGGAAAGCCUAAUUAAAGCAAAACUCCGCGAGUGUGAUAGUCAAUGAAACAAUCGCGUUUCAAUGACUCUUCGUCGAGCAUUGAAAAAGUUAGUACAUGAAUGGUUUAUCAAAAUAAAUGGAGGUAACGGUUUUCUUUUCAGCUGUAGCAGAAUACUCCGAUGCGUUAAAGAAUCAAUAAGAAGCCAAACCGAGUACCUCGCUAAUGCCUCACCGGCCAUGUCCAAUGUGAGAACAGAUCAAUCGACGGGUAUGACGAGUGUUCACAACAAGAGUACAUUGCUAGUGAUUCAGAUGAAAAGUACCCAAAUAACGCCAAAAAAAAAUGCCAGUAGCAGCACUGUGUGCCAAGCUUAUCAAAGGAAAAAUACUGAGAGGUUCAGUCGUCAUGAUCACGUCAAGACCCGAUGAAUCUGACAAAAUAAAAGCCAAAGACAUCUAUUUUGAUAGAUACGUUGAAAUUACAGGAUUUUCCGAGCCACAAUUAAAAUAAUACAUUGCAAAGUAUUUUAAAAACAACGACCGAAUGAAAAAUAUUGUAAUUGACCACAUUACAAAGAAUGUCAAUCUUAUCAGCUUUGCCCACAUUCCUGUGCUCUGUUUUCUUAUGUGCUCCUACUUUGAAUAUACUCUACAGCAAUCAAAGAAGAAUAAUCCUCUCCCGGUGAAAACAAGUGACCUUUAUGAUGAAGUGGUCAACAUGUUCGUGCAAAAGCACGAUGAAAAGAAAAGAGCCUCUCUCGAAGAGACUCUGGAUGAAUUAUCAGAGCUGGCUGCUCAACUUCUUCUGGAGAGGAGGUUUCUUUUCCUUAAAGAGGAUUUGAAAACUCUUGACUUACACGAGUUUGAAAGGCUGUGUGGAAGCGGUCUUCUUCAUUGCGGUCCUCCUUUCAGAAAAUCUUUUUCUACGACGACUAAACAUUUUUUUUUUACACCCUUGACUGUCCAAGAGUACUUAGCGGCGCGUUGGUUUGUAAAGAAAAGAACAAUCCCCCCCAGACAUGUGUCUACAGAAGUAGUUCUAUUUAUGUCGGGUAUUUUGUCCAAGCAAAAAGACAACGAAUUUGUGGAAAAGUUGAUUAUCAACAAAUUUCUCAGCGACGACCUAUCAGCAGAUGAAUGCACAAGGGGGCUUUUAAUUUCUAAAUGUCUCCUACAAUACGAAGACAUCGAGUUUGCUAAGGGAAUAGUAAGGAGAUUUCACGACAUAUUCUGCAUACGUAAUGGCCGUUUUGAUCUUUCUCGCGUCGGGAUGGCGUAUGUGGACUGCCCUGUUGUGUCUUUUACAUUAAAUGUUUUUGGUGCGCUCAAUUCAGAGGAGGAAUCUGAAUGGAAUAGAAUCACCACGCUUGAACUGAGUGGUGGGAAGGUUACUGAUGCCGGUAUUGCCAGUCUAUGUCAAGAAUUACAGACACCAACAUGUAAAGUC